AUGCGAUGCAGGGGACGGGGUGCUGGGGAGCCCCAGCCUUUCCCCCUUGGAGGGGCAGCCAACUGGCGGCAGCGGGACUGGGCCAGGCUCUCCCCAGCAGCCCAGGGCUCGCGCCAGUCAUUGGUCAUCGGGGGACGCGAGGCCAAACCCCACUCCAGACCCUACAUGGUGUCCAUCCAGCACUGGGGGGCUCACGUGUGCGGGGGAGCGCUGCUGCGCAAGCAGUGGGUGCUGACGGCCGCCCACUGCCUCUCUGAGAGGACGACUGCCGGCAGGACGGUGGUGGUGGGGCUGCACAGCCUGAAGGAUCGCAGGGUGGACACGCAGACCUUCCCGAUCCGGUCAGUCUGUCCCCACCCCGGCUAUAACAAGAAGACGAUGGAAAACGACCUUCUCCUGCUCCAGCUGAAGGGGACGGUGAAGCUGAGCAAGACACGGAAGCUCAUCGGGCUGCUGCGGCGGGAGCCGGCGGACGGGGCGGCGUGCAGCCUGGCGGGCUGGGGCAUCAGCAAGCGCAACGGGAGCGUCUCAACCACGCUGCAGGAGCUGGAGGUCACGGUGCUGAACACACGGAUGUGCAACAACAGCCGCUUCUGGAACGGCGAGAUCAGCCCCACCAUGAUCUGCUUCUGGGGACGCCACAGGGGCUCGGGACCCGCUAAGGGUGACUCCGGGGGCCCCUUGGUGUGCGGGAAGCGGGCAGAGGUGGCCGGCGUGCUGUCCUUCUCCAGCCCGACCUUCACGGACCCUUUGAAGCCACCGGUCGCCACCUCGGCCGUGAAGCACAAGAAAUGGAUCUGGAAAACGAUGUUGUUGGGCUGCAGCUCCCCCCAGCCCAGGCACGUGGGACAGACAGACCACCCCUUCCUAUUUACACAGGUUGGCUUUUAAUUCUUAAUACUGUCCAGACUCCCGGUAAAAUAACAUCCUUAGUACAUACAUA